GAUUAUAAAUCAACAAACAUAUCGAUGGAAUGAAUUUUCAAAUCCAACAGCGUUGAAUAAAUCAAUACAACUUCGACAUAUUCGACACAUUCAUGAUCGUAACAAUGCUAUGGAUAAUGAUAAUAAUAAUAAUGUUCAAUUAGCUGAGAACAUUUUAUAUCAAACCAAUGACAAUUCUGCAAUUGAUAUGAUCACAUUCAAUACAGAUCGUCGUAAAUCCAGAAUGAG